GGGAAUCCCAAAACCCCUCCAUCCCCGCCCUGCCUCUCCCUCUGAGCUGUCGUAGCUGUAACUGUAAGUAUAUUUGAGGACUUGUUGCCCUCAGCUGGACCUUCUUUUAUUUCUCCUUUCUCUCUCCUGGCGUGUGUCUGUCAACAGAUCAUCCAUCAAAUCAAUUAUUCUUGGACACCAAAAAAGAUCAAUACUAGUACAUCACAUCACCUUAUAUCACAUCACUACUCGACUUCCACUAUGGAUAGCGUACGAGCAAAGAUCAAGCGUCGUUUCAGUCACAAGAAUGAGGACACCAACUUCGAUGACCACGACGACUCCGGCGAUGAAGAAACCCAAGAAUACGUCAACAAAGAAGCCGACGAAGCCGAGAAAGAAGGCUACGACACAGGCCGACCUGGCAGUCUAUUGAACCGAAUGAUCUCACAUGGAAACAAAAAGACUGAGGAUCAACUUGCGAGAGAAUAUGCUGCUGCCAACCCUGAGGCUGGUGGCACCAAUAAAGUGGUUACUCAGCGAUGAAUGUACAACUGGCCAAAAGCUCAUGACAUUUCCCACACUAUUCAUCCUGAUUUUUUGGCAUGUAUCAAGCAUCGGUACUCGUUCUUUAGGGGUAUUAGAUUGUUCGACUGCUUGUUAGUUACCUACUUAGAUGCCUAGGAAUGGUACAAAAGAAUGGAAGAACACGUAUCUUGGUAGCACCUUCCUUACAUUAUAGACAAGAGCCAAUCAAAGUCACAGAAGGUCGUAUUGUAUCGUGUGAUUGGUUCGGUGGAUUUGGC